AAUUCAUUGUGGGCAUCUGAACAUUUUGCUUGAAAGCUGGAACUAUAUAGAGGAAUUGGGAGCCUCGAACUUUCCAAGGCGUAGCCAAUUUAUCUGAAGUCUAUUUUCUACCAUUUAUCUCAUUUUGCUAUUUUUACAUGUUCAUAACUUCCCUUUCCUGUGUUCUUCCAUCUACUCUUUCAUUGAGGAUCAUAACAAGUGGUAUCCAGAGCCACCGAUUCUUCAUGGGUGUGGUACGAUUAAAUAAAGAGCAAUUGGUGUUGCUGGAAAAGAUUUUGGAGAAAUUAGAGUAGAUGACAUAAAGACUCGAUGAAAUGCAACAAAAUUGAAAGUGGAUGCAGGAAUCUUGGGUGCAAUGGUAAGACAAGGAAAAUGAAGAAGAAAGCAUAGUAGAGGUGGAAGAAAUACAGAAAUCGAUAAUGCAGGAAGAAAAUGAAUAGACAUUAGUAGUUUCAAUGGAAAAUUGCUUGGUAAGGGAAGACCAAGCUGUGGUGGAGGGAGUAGAAAAGGCAACUACGAAAUCUGUGGCAGUGUUCACGGAAGUCGUUCUCAAAGAGAUCCCCAAAGAAAUGAUCCCAUCCGUCUGUAGAAAUUCAAACCCAGUGAUUAGGAUCAUGGUCAUUCUCUACAAUUCACGGCAUUCACCACAAAGAACCAGCCAACUUAGGUACUACAAAAAUCUAGAAGACAGCUCAACCACAUCUUGACUCUCUCGUUCUAGGGGACCUGAGAUAGAUCCAGGGAAGGGAACAUGACUCGUAUGCAUCCCCCUUGGCCAAAAUGCAACUCUUUGUCUCUGUUUGUGUGUCGGCUUGGGAUAAUUCGGGUCUUUUUGGCCAUGGAUGACCCCAACAAAUCCCAAACCCCAGCCGCAACGCAACAGUAUGGGGUGGAGUCACUGGUGGUUGGACAACAUCAAACCCACAAAGAAAUGGUGGCGUUACAUGAGGAAUUUCCAGAUUUCUCCGUUCUUGCUUUCAAUUUCUGCAAGGGUGAGAAACAGAGCCAAUUUGCGGGAAUAUUAUGCGAGGAUGAGGUUACCAUCAUGGACUAUCCAUGACAGUAUGAGGGCUAUCCCUUCCUUCCACUGUCUUUGAUUCAACAUCUUCUUUGUGUUUGUGAGAGUUGGCUUUCACUUGGAAAUCAGCAGAAUAUUAUUCUUCUCUAUUGUGAGAGAGGGUGUUGGCCACAUCGCAUGAAGUCUGUCUCCAUGGCGAAGUUUACUUUACAAGAAAUUGAAGCACUUCAAAACGAUGGUAACCAGCGUGCACCAGAGUUGUUUGAUAAAAAGCCUGGAAAAACCCUUGCUGAUGGGGACUUAAUAAAUUCUGAGUACUUGAAGUGGGGAAAUGAAGCUAAAGAGUUAGGCGGUACUCUCAGUGGUAACCACAUUUUCCUUAUCUCUAAUUUCACUUCCUACCGAGAUUUGAGUGCAAAGUAUACCAUUGAAAACAUUUUUGAGAUAUUUGAAGCCCUUCAUUUUCCUCUUGUAACCCUUGGUGGAGGACCAUGGAAAAAUCUCACGAUUGAGUUUGCCGAGAAUAUUAAGGGGGUUGCAUUUAGCAAACAUUUGAUACACUUGCAUUCUUACAAUGGGUCAAUUGAUCGACGGCAGCUUUCAGAAAGUGAUGCUCACGUUGGUGGUGUGAAUGACUUGGCAUUCUCACACUCAAAUAACCAAUUGUGUGGGGUAACUGGUGGAGUUGAUAAAUUAAUCAAGGAAAAUUAAGGCUUGGUUGUAUGACCAUAUGGGCUCCAGGGUUGACUAUGAUGCACCUGCACAGGGGUGCACUAGAAUGCUCUACAGUGCUGAUGGAAGCAUACUAUUCUCUUGUGGAACAAGUAAAGAUGGCGACUCUUUCCUAGUUGAAUGGAAUGAAACUGAAUGAGCAAUAAAGAGGACAUAUUCUGGAUUUUGAAAAAUAUCUGUUGUUAAAAACAUUCCUUAUGAGAAAUAUUUUUUUGCUCACUAUCUGUUUGACAUAUUGUCACUUAAAUGGUUUUUGAGCCAUUUGAUAGAGGAAAGGAAAGAAACCCUUGUGGAAAGAGAUUGUGAUGGCCAAGGUUCUGUCUGGUGGAAUCAAUUUAGUUUUCAUUCCCUAAAUCAUAGCCGACCACAUUUGGUGGAAUUUAUUGACUCUGAUGAG